AUGUGGUCAUUCGCUUGUUCAUCCAUUCAUUCAUCCAUCCACCCCACUUGGUUUGGACGGCACGGAGGUAAAGCGAAAGAACAGGAAUGCUCGGGGUCCCGGAAAAAAGUUGACCCAUCGGGCGCGAGGGCUGCUUCGCCUCUCGGUGCCGCACCCGACCCCAAGCCUAGGUUGCCCACACGGUCGUCGGCCGCAUCGGUCUCUGGUGAUCCUCUCGACCUGGAUUACUCUGGUGUUUUUGACAAGCUGACGGCCGUGCUGAAAUGUGUACCGGUGUACGACCAUAUCCCUAAGCCAUGCAGGGAGAAGUUCGCACAUGAUCUGAACGCCUUGCUGACGGCUGUUUGUAAUGACCCUGGUGACCCGGCUCACUGGGUUAGACUCCACUGUUUUGUCCCAUACGUUUUACAGAAGACUUCCAGAGGGGGUCGCCGGGUCAACCAGGGCAAUCUGGUUCUGGUCAACAAGCGUCUAAGCGAAUAUUCAACUAUUGGUCUUGAAACCCUGGUACUGUGCUUUGAUGGGUUCAAUAAUGCCAAAUCACAAAAGCCCAACCCCGAUCGGUGGAUCAACGCUGUGUCAUCUUGUAUUGAACAGGGAAACCUGUCCUCGGCUGUCAGACUUGUCUGUUCGCCGGAGGGCCUGGCGGAGAGCUCACCAUCCACUUUCGAUAAAUUAUGUUCCAUCCACCCAAAAAUUCCGGUGGACAGGCGGGUCUUCCCCGCAUUGGCACCAACGGCUGAUUGCGUUUCUCCCGCCGAGGUGCUGAGGGCCGUUAAAUCGUUCAAAAACGGUUCUUCCGGAGGCCUGGAUGGCCUACGACCCCAGCACCUUAAGGAUGUUUUUUCUGGCCCCUUGCCAAUCAACGACACACUGAACUCCUUAACCCAAUUCAUUAAUUUGAUCCUAUCUGGAGUUUGCCCACUCUCUGUCCGCCGGUGCCCGGACAGAUGCACACUAAUACCUUGGAGAGCCGGUAGAUGUUUGGCGUGGUAUGUUACGGUCCCUGGCACCCUUGCCGAACGAUAUGUAAACCUGACAAGUAAAGAAUGCGGUUUGGCCGCGGCCAGGGUAGCGGACGAGAAAAUGAAAAAAUAUGGGAAUGCCCUCCCAUCGAUGGAAUUCUUGCCAAUAUGUAUCGAGAUUCUCGGCCCGAUGGACCCCAACACCCUUAAAUUUCUUAAGGCAAUAUGUAAAAUGAUCAGCGUCAGAUCAGGCGACAGCAGGGAACUGUUUUUCGCAACUAACCACAUUUCGUGCUUGUUGCAGCGGUUCCUGCGUGUCUGUGUGCUUGAAAAUAUCCAGCUGAAUGCCGACAUGUGCAAUUAA